AGUGCUUUCAUGUCACCAUAUUUAAAUAUGUAGGUAGAAAAAAAUAUAUAAAUUAAAGCAUGAGUGUUUUUUAAAGUGUGGAUUAGAGAUAUUUUUCUCUACCUUUUUGUAAUUUCACAAUAGAGAGUUAGAAAUUACAAUAAAUGAUGUUUUAUUUUGACAGUAAUACAUGCUUUCACAUUUACUUCAUGUGCUCAAUUGCACUGAAUCUGUUGCUUUUUGAAAUUGAUUUGUUAUUCUUGCUUGGCUUUGUUGUAGCCUCGAGCUGUGGCAGGCUUUCGAGGGACAGUUCGUUAUGCAUCAAUCAAUGCUCAUCGGAACAGGGAAAUGGGAAGACAUGACGACCUUUGGUCCUUAUUCUACAUGUUGGUGGAAUUUGUGGUUGGUCAGCUGCCUUGGAGAAAAAUUAAGGACAAGGAGCAAGUAGGCUCCAUUAAGGAGAGAUAUGACCAUAGACUCAUGUUGAAACAUCUCCCUCCAGAAUUCAGUAUCUUUCUGGACCAUAUCUCCUCUUUGGAUUAUUUUACAAAACCAGACUACCAGCUUCUUACAUCCGUGUUUGACAGUAGCAUCAAGACCUUUGGAGUAAUUGAGAGUGACCCUUUUGACUGGGAGAAGACUGGAACUGAUGGCUCCCUAACCACCACCACCACUUCUACCACCCCUCAGUUGCACACCCGCUUGACCCCUGCUGCAAUCGGAAUUGCCAAUGCCACUCCUAUCCCAGGAGACUUGCUUCGAGAAAAUACAGAUGAGGUGUUUCCAGAUGAACAGCUUAGUGAUGGGGAGAAUGGGAUCCCUGUUGGUGUGUCACCAGAUAAAAUGCCUGGAUCUCUGGGACACCCUCGUCCCCAGGAAAAGGAUGUCUGGGAAGAGAUGGAUGCCAACAAGAAUAAGAUAAAGGUUGGAAUUUGUAAGGCUGCUACUGAAGAAGAGAACAGCCAUGGCCAAGCAAAUGGUAUUCUCAAUGCUCCAAGCCUUGGUUCUCCAAUUCGUGUCCGAUCUGAGAUUACUCAGCCAGAUAGGGAUGUUCCAUUGGUACGAAAGUUACGAUCCAUCCACAGUUUUGAGCUGGAAAAACGUCUGACACUGGAGCCAAAGCCAGAUACUGACAAGUUUCUUGAGACCUGCCUAGAGAAAAUGCAGAAAGAUUCCAGCGCAGGAAAGGAAUCUAUUCUUCCAGCCCUACUUCAUAAGCCUUAUGUUCCUGCUGUGUCCCGUACUGACCACAUCUGGCACUAUGAUGAAGAAUAUCUUCCAGAUGCCUCCAAGCCUGCCUCUGCCAACACCCCUGAGCAGGCUGAUGGUGGUGGCAGCAAUGGCUUUAUAGCUGUUAACCUGAGCUCUUGCAAGCAGGAGGUUGAUUCCAAAGAAUGGGUGAUUGUGGACAAGGAGCAAGAUCUUCAGGAUUUUAGGACAAAUGAGGCUUUAGGCCAUAAAACAACAGGAAGCCCUUCUGAUGAGGAGCCUGAAGUGCUUCAAGUCCUGGAGGAAACACCUCAAGAAGAAAAGCCCCAAAUAGGUCCUUGGUCAGAAAAUGAUCAUUUAAAGAAGGAAACCUCAGGUGUGGUCUUAGCACUAUCUGUGGAGUGCCCUGCUGCUUCAGAACCAUACACAGAUAGGCUAGAUCUCCAGGCCGGAGCUUCUGGUCAGUUUAUUGCAGUAACACCCACAAGUCCAAUGGAGGCACAAGCAGAAGGACCUCUCACAGCGAUUACAAUUCCUAGACCUUCUGUGGCAUCCACACAGUCAACUUCAGGAAGCUUUCACUAUGGGCAGCAACCAGAGAAGAAAGAUCUUCCGCCCAUAGAGCCCACCGUGGAACUUUACUCUCCAAGGGAUAACUGCUCUGGCUUGGUUGUGACAGAAGGUGAACCUGCUAGUGGAGGAAGCAGAACAGAUUUGGGACAGAUAGAUCACAUCAGUCACGACAUGUUAUCCAAUAUUAGAGAGAGUGAAAAACCUCAAGACCUGGGACCAAAAGACCUUCCUAACCACAACAGACUGGUUGUGAGAGAAUUUGAAAAUCUCCCUGGAGAAACUGAAGAGAAAAGCAUUUUGCUAGGGUUAGAAAAUGACGAUGAGAAGUUAAGUAAAGUGCAUCAUUGUGUGGAGAUCUCUUUCCCACGAGAUUUGGCAACUAUGGAAAGAGAUCGCUCAGCUACUACUGAACCUCUUGAUGUGACAAAGACACAGACUUUUAGUGUGGUGCCAAAUCAAGAAAAAAAUCAUGAAAUAAUGAAGCUUUUGGCAGUUGAAACUUCAGAAAUCUCUUUAACACAUGUUGAAGGACAGAUAGGCCAAGUGGCAGCAAUGCAAAAAAGUAAGCUGUCUAAGGGUGAUGACAUCAAGAGUGAAGACUUGCCAGGUCAUCAAGGAGACCUCUCUACUUUUUUGCACCAAGAGGGUAAGAAAGAGAAAAUUGCCCCUAGAAAUGGAGAACUGUAUCAUUGUGUUUCAGAGAAUGAACAUGGUGCCCCAACCCGGAAGGAUGUAGUCAGGUCAUCCUUUAUAACUAGACAUAGCCGAAUCCCUGUUUUAGCACAAGAGAUAGACUCAACUUUUGAAUCAUCCUCUGCAGUCUCCGCAAAAGAAAAGCUGCUACAAAAGAAAGCCUAUCAACCAGACCUAGUCAAACUCCUGGUGGAAAAAAGGCAAUUCAAGUCUUUCCUGGGUGACCUCUCAAGUGCCUCUGAUAAACUGCUAGAGGAAAAACUGGCUGCUGUUCCUGUUCCCUUUUCUGAGGAGGAAGUCCUCACUCCCUUUUCCCGGCUGGCAGUAGAUUCUCACCUGAGUAGGUCAGCCGAAGAUAACUUUCUGUCCCCCAUCAUCUCCCAGUCUAGAAAGAGCAAAAUUCCAAGGCCUGUUUCCUGGGUCAACACAGACCAAGUCAGUAGCUCAGCUUCGUCUCAGUUCUUGCCUCGGCCUCCACCAGGAAAACCACCCACAAGGCCUGGAGUAGAAGCCAGGCUACGCAGAUAUAAAGUCCUAGGGAGUAGUAACUCUGACUCAGACCUUUUCUCCCGUCUGGCCCAAAUUCUUCAAAAUGGAUCUCAGAAAUCCCGGAGCACUACUCAGUGCAAGAGCCCAGGAUCUCCUCACAACCCAAAAACACCACCCAAGAGUCCAGUUGUCCCUCGAAGGAGUCCCAGUGCCUCUCCUCGCAGCUCAUCCUUGCCUCGCACAUCUAGUUCCUCACCAUCUAGGGCUGGACGGCCCCACCAUGACCAGAGGAGUUCGUCCCCGCAUCUGGGGAGAAGCAAGUCACCUCCCAGCCACUCAGGAUCAUCCUCCUCCAGAAGAUCCUGCCAACAGGAGCAUUGCAAACCCAGCAAGAAUGGUCCGAAAGGAUCUGGCAGCCUCCACCACCACUCAACCAGCACUAAAACUCCCCCAGGGAAGAGUAAGCCAGCCAGUAAACUCAGCAGAUAGGAGCUGGGCUGCAUCUCUGGGAAAGGUGUCAGAUCUUCCUUCUAAACCUAAUGUGUGUCCCUGUACUGUCUGUUUAAAAAAAAAUCAGUGUUGAUCUUCUCUUGCAAAA